CCGUUGCCGCCGCACCCCGUCUUGCUCGCUCCUCGCCGCGCGCGCCGCAUCCCUCUGCCGCUGCCGCGCGCGAGCCGCCGCUCCUGCUGGCGCCCGCACCCCUCGCUCCUGCCGCCGCGGCCCAUCUCGUGGGCGCGCACACCCGCUCGCCAGGCCGCACCCUCUCGCACUCCUCCGGCCGUCGUCCGCCUCGCUCUGCCGGCCGGCCACGCCGCUGCACGCUGCCGCAGCCGCGCGGCGCCAUGUCCGCCUCUGCGGACGCCGGCCUGGCGCGCCGCACCGCCGACAGCCCGCAGGGGCGCACACUGCGCAGUGCCAGCUCCGUCAGCGACGAGAGCGGCGAGCGGCACGGCGGCUCGGCGCAGGGCUCCGUGUCGAGCGCCACGGGCCUCGCCAUCCCGUCUGCCGGCCUCACCGCCGCCGGCAGCUCCACGCACCCGUACGCCAACCAGGGCACGCAGCACCGCCGGCCCUCGGCGCAGAGCAGCGGCUCGGGGCGUCCGCGCUCCGUCAACUCCAGCGUCGCACACUCGCUGCGCUCGGGCACGCCGCCGACGGCCGCCAGCGGCGCACGGCCCGGCUCGCGCAGCCGCAUCCUGGCGAGCAGCCACGCGGCGUCGGCGGACACGGUGCCCGCAUGGCGCGAGGCGCCGCCACGCUCGCCGCCGCGCGCCAGCGACUACGGCCUCGAGCGCGGCGACACGCCGCCGCGCGGCAGCGGCAGCGCCUAUUCGCUGCCCGGCUCGCCGCUGUACGGCAGCCUGGGCGCCGCGUCCAGUCCCAAGGGCUCGCAGCGCAGUGCGCACCCGUACGCCAAUCUCUCGGCCAGCGGCUCGCGGCCGACGCUCUCGCCGGGCUCGGGCGCGCGCGCUCGGCGCUACCAGUCCAAUCCGGGCUCUGCGUCAGGCGUAGACCCGAUGCCGGAGCCCGUGCCGCCACUGCCGCGCAUGUGCUCCGCCACGACGGAGAGCCAGAGCGCGGCAGCCGGGCUGGCACGGCCCGGUGCCGACAGCCCGCGCUCGGCCACAGCCGACAAUGAUUCCUUGCGACUGCAGAAUGUCGGCGAACGCACAGUCUUGUCUUCGUCGGCGCAGACGAUGGCGACGAGCAUGUCGCAGGGCUCGCUGUCGAAGGCCUCGAUGAAUGGCUCGCGCGUCUCGCUGGAGGAUGGCGCCCGGCACAUGCCUGCCAAGACCUCGCUGCGGUCGCGUCUCUUUGGGCUGCGCAAGAAGAACAGCUCAGGGCCUACGUCUCCGCCGCUGUCGUCCUCCACCUACGGCGACGACACAGCUUCCAUCUCCAGCUCGCAGGCUGACCACAGCUUCAGUCCGCCGCCGGAGCGCGGCUCGCGGCGCGAACGCGACGUCUCGGGCGGUACGAUGGCGUCGAUCUCGUCGAGCUUCAUGUCUCGCUCCUCUUCGCGGCGCAGCGCGGCCGCGUCAGAUACGGGGCACGGCGGUGGCGCUUCGCGCUCUCAGUCGGGCGGGCUCGCAUUCCUCAGCGAAGGCGCACAGAGCACGUCUGCGUCCGCAGCCAAGGCGUACCGAGACCGCUGGGCCUCCGCUGAGCAGAGGCGCGGAGUCAGCGAGACGGACUCGUCCAUAGAGGCUCACGGCGCGUGCGAGGAACCGCCAGCAGCGCGCAAAUUUGCGAGCGUUGAUGCGCCGUCCACAUCAGCGCGCCCAGAGCUCGACAUCGAUGCCGACUCUUCCACUCUCGAUGCGGACUACUCCGAGCGGCCCUCGCGGAGCGCCAAAGCUACAGUCACUGCCUCACCGCGGUUGGGCUCGCCUGCCCCGAUCGACAGCCCGAGAAGCUCGGCGUUUCUGCAGCUGAGCGAGUCCGGCGGCGAGCGGCGGCGCCCAGCGUCUACAGAGCCGCGUGGAAGCCCGAGGCAGUCCGGCAAUCUGUCGCUGCGGCCAGUCACAGCCGAGAGCUCGGCCCCUGCCCAGCUGCGGCCAGCGGCAGCCGAGAGCGCAGCGACGACACAACGCCCUGCCGACCUGGAGCGCUCCAGCUCGUACGAUCGCGAUGGCGCGCAAGGUCGCGCAGGGCGCACGUCGCGGCAGCGUCGGCCCGACAGCGUCAGCAGCUGGACGACUGUAGCCUCAAGCGCGCAGGCCGCGUCGCCGACGCCGCGCACAAGCAGCCUGCGGCCAGAACACGGCCUGCCGUCGCUGCAGCCUCUUCUGCCGCCGCGCUCCAGCUCGAGCGCGUCGCUGUCGCCGUCAGCCCUGGGAAGCGAGCUGAGCCCGCCGCUGUCGACUGUGGAAGGCAGCACCUCGCGAUCAGCCGACCCACCGCGCGGCGCAUCGCGCUUCCUCGACGCGCCCAGAGAGGCCGUCGCCCGCCUGGAGGCGGGCCCAGCAAGUCCUGCUGCUGCAACAUCGACCAAGGCGACGGCGGGCGUGGCUGCGCUGGCCGCGCGCUUUGAGUCGUCGCAGGCUGGGAGCGUCUCUCCGGGGACUCGGCCGGCAACGGCCGACAGCGGACGCGCAACAUCGUCCUUCCACGGCGCGAGCGCCCCAGGUGCUCGCUCUGGGAUCUCGGAAGCGAGUGCAGCCGGAGCAGCGGGCAGCGGAGCACUGGCUACUAUUCGAGCGCGCUUUGGUGCAGCAAGCGCGGCCAUCGUGCCUCCUUCACCUGCGCGCUCAGAGUCUGGGCCUGGCUCCAGCGUGGCCACUUCGCCGACAAAGAGCGAGAUGACCGUUCAGGAGCAUAGCUCGAUGGAAUUCGUGUCGCCCGAGGCGUCUGUGGGCGGUAGCCAGGACAGCGCGCUGCGACGAGAGCCGACGCUUGGCUCGCCUGACAGCCACGAGAGCAUGUCGACGGCGUACAACUCGAUGCAGGCUGCCUCGCGUCACGCCAGUAUCUCCAUGACCGAGGAAGAGAUCUACGCCACGCCGCCACUAGGUCCUCAACGCUUCUCUGACGCCAGCGCGAUUCCGCCAAUCACAGGCUCGCCGGCAGAGGACCAGAGGCGGCCGUCGCUGCCUUCGCUCCCGCCGAAGAAUCCUUUGCGCAACCGACGCAGUCAGACGCCUGCCUCGCCGCCCGUGCCCGUGCCCGCCUCGCCAGUUGCGGUGCCUGGCGCAGUGGACGAGCGCACGCCUCCGCCGCUGUGCAUCACGAGAUCGACGCGCGCGCUCUCGAUCAGCCCGCUGCGGAGCAGCAUCGAAGUCUUCGGCCCGCAGAUCGCCAACUUUGGCAUGUCUCCAGGCGACACCGGGCCGCCGCUCCAACCGGAUGGCGAGGACAUCAGCCCAGGCUCGGCGCCUGCGCCGACACUACCUCCGGCGCCGGAGAGCAUCCGCCUGGACCCUGCGCCGAAGAGCUUCGACAUGCGCCGCGGCAGCAGUGCGCGCUCUGGCGUCAGCAGCGGGCAAGGCCAGAGCUUGCAUGCACCGCCUGUGCCCUCAAAGGCGCAGGCACUCAGCCUGGGCCCGUCCUCGCUCGGCAGCGACAUCGUUCUCGUGUCCGAACAGGGCCAUGACACACCGACGGAGCAGCCGCCGACGCCGCACAAGUAUUCGAUGGGCCUGCGCAAGGCAGGCCCCGAGAGCCCGAGUGCCGAAGAUGGGCCGGGCAAGCGCAAGACUGCGAAGCGGUGGCCCUUCUCUGGCCAUUCGGCGAAGGAGAGCAAGACCGCGCGCGCUGCACGCAAGGCUGAAGCCGCGCGGCCGCAGAUCCGUCGUGUCUUUGACUCGCCACACGAGGCGGACGAGGCAGAGCGCAGCGACGUCGACACUGGUGCCGACUCUCAGCGUCCAGGCUUGCCGCGCAGCGGCUCCUCACAGCGACAGCUCAGCAAUCCCCUACACACGCAGGGCUCGCUUCCGUCGCUGCGUCGGCGCCGAUCGUACGAGUCGCAGUCGUCACACGGGCGCUUUUCAGAUGCCGCGCCCACGCCAGACACGUCGCUUGGGUCGCCUGCGCACUUCGAGAGCAACCCCACCUCUGCGAGUCGCGCGUCGCUCAACAGCUCGACCGCCAUGCCGUCGCCCAUCAUCGCGCGCGAGGAUCUCACGCCGGAAGGCAGACGUACGCUGAAUCGCCGCAACGUGCUGCGCGAGCUCGUCGAGACGGAGAAGAGCUACGCCGCAGACCUCGCGGUCGUGCGCGACAUCUACCUGGCGCGUGCGCGUGCGCGCUGCGGCAUGCUCUCGCCGGCUCUCAACACGCCGCUGUCUGCGCUCAGCCACCCGCUGUCGCCCAACGGCGCGUUUGCCACUCCCAUGUCGGCCUCGUCGUCCUCAGUCUUCCUGCCGCAACGCAACGUGUCGGGCGGCACGAGCGCGCCGCCGUUGCCGUCGAGCCGCUCUGCUGCUUCAAGCGCAGUCAACGCUUCCGCAGCAUCAAGCCUGGCAGCGUCCGCGACCGCGCCGCACAGCCUUGCCUCGCCGGCCUCGCUGCACUCGAGCAACCCGAGCAACCGCUCGUCGACCUUCACAGUGUCUUCGAACACGUCGAUGACUUCAGACUCGCACCCGCCGCCGCUGCCUGCGACGCCGCCGAUGGCCACGUCCGGCAGCAACGGCUCCAUGUCGACGUCCACGUCGGCGUCGGCGCUCACCCUGCACGCCGGCUCCGAGUCUUCGCCGGGACUGGGCAUGUCUGGCAAGCCACUCGUGCACAUCAACACUGCUGCCGGCGGUCUCUUCAGCCCCAUGUCCGUGGUGUCGCCGUCGCCCUUGCACGUGGAUGCACCGCUCACGCCGCUCGACAUUCGCGUGGUCUUUGCGCACCUCGAGGCGUGUGCUGCAUUCGCAGACGAGAUGGCUGGCGCCCUGCAAGAGAACAUGGGCCAGCUCGCGAACAGCGUGCCGACGGCUGAGGACCUCGAGAGCGCGCCGCAGGACGACACGAUCGGCCGUAUUUUCCUGUCUAUGAUGCCGCGCAUCGAGCAGGUGUACACGGCCUACUGCUCUCGCCACGAAAUGUCGAUGACGCGCCUCAACGAGCUCAACACGGCCUCGCCCAAGGCUGCCGCCUUCCUUCGCGAGUGCACAGAGGCAGCGCGCGCUCAGACGAACGCAUGGGACCUGGGCUCGCUGCUGAUCAAGCCCGUGCAGCGUGUGCUCAAGUACCCGCUCCUGAUCCAGCAGAUUCUUUCGAACACGCCUGCCGAGCACCCGGACUUCAAGAACUUGCAGGCUGCGCUGGUCGAGAUCACGCAGGUCGCGGACAACAUCAACGAGGUCAAGAAGCGCCAGGACCUCGUGGACCAGGUGCUCUCGGGCAAGGCGGCCAAUGGGCGCACGGCAAGCCAGAAGGUGCAGCAUGGCGCCACGAAGCGCCUGAUGCGCCGCAGCGAGCGCGUCAAGGGCGCGCUCGUGGGACCCUCGAUGGAGCUCGUCAACGACGACUAUCCGCGCCUCGCCACUCAGUUCACCGAGCUGCACCGCAGCGUGCAUCGCUUCGCCCGCCGCUGCGUGGACUGGUCGGCGCGGACGCGCCUGAGCUACGAUGCAGAGAUCAAGGUGCUCGAGCAGCUCGCCGCCGUGUACCGUCUGUCGCGCGGUGACGACGAGACGUCGCUGCCGCUGGAGGAGGACUACGACCAGACGCCCGAGGACCGCGUGCACGCGCUCGUGGCCGUCCUGCGCGCCGUUCUGGACGGCUCGUGGCGGCAGCUGGACAGCGACAUUCGCUCGACGAUCUAUCCGAUGGCGCAGCGCCUCGGCCAGAUGUUCGACAACCCCAAGUCGGUCAUGGCGAAGCGCAACGACCGCGAGAUGGACUAUGCGCGCUACCGCGCGGCCAUGAACAAGUCGGGCAAGACGCCGGACCGUGCCAUCAUCGACAGCGCCAACGCGUUCGUGGCGCUCCACGCGCAGCUCCUCGACGAGCUGCCGCAGUUCAUCUACGGCAUCCAGACGUUGCUCGAUGUCGGGCUGCAGGCCUUUGCGCGCCUGCAGGCCACGCACCACCUGCACGUCAGGCGCGCACGCCUGGAGUUCUGGCGCGACCACGCGGUGCUGAGUGGUGCUGCAGACGAUGUCGUCGUCGAUCCCGACACGCAGGAGCUCACGAUCCGGCACGUGCAAGCGGUGCGCUCCUUCUGGCGCACGCAUCAGGAGGCCGCCGCGACGGUGGAGUCGCUCGGCAUUGCCGUGCGUGGCGCGGCGCCGACCGCAAGUGCAGCACCGAGCGAGAGUGGACAUCGCACCGGCAGCGUGAGCGCGUUCGCCGCACCAUCGUCGCUCAAGGAGCGACGCGAGAGCCUGUCGUCGUCCGCGCGGAUCGUCUCUUCUUCGUCGGCCAGCAGUGCUAUCGGCGAGGCGCCGUUCGAGUCUCGCAGCAGCGCCAGCGGUCCAGGCCUCCUGCUGCCCACAACGACCGGCCGGCGCUCCGGCGGCAGCGUCGCAAGCCUGAUGCGCAGUCUCAGCGGAAACUUCAGCCGCGAGGCGUCGCCCUCGACGGAGACGCCCCCGCCGCUGCCGAACGGCGCUGCAUCGCGCUCCGAUGCCGCACCUGCGCCCGUCGAGAAGGACCGCGUAGCUGCACUGCCGCCGUCGCUGCCGCUCACGUUCAAGACGACUGGGCGCGACUCGUGGUUCGUGCUCAACGCCCGCGACGGCCCGAUCGACCUGCCCUUCCUCAACGACCUCGAGGAGUCGGGCGUCACGCUCGAGCCCUACGACCUCUCGCCGGUGCUGGCGCCGUCGUCGCUGCCGUCGGUCGAGUCGAACGACGAGGUGCUGCGUGCGCCCGAGGCGCCCAAGCGCGCGCCGCCGCCGCCGCCCGCCGGCACGCAGCCCGACGGCCGGCAGAAGAUGCGCGUCAUUGCCUCAUUGAUGGCGCUCUCCGACUCGCCGCGGCGCGACCCCAAGGGCCGCCUCGGCUGGCCCUGGCUCACGUUCACGACGGGCCAGGAGGUCGCCGUGCUGUCGUACGACGCCGGCGACGGCCGCGAGCUGCUCUUCGGGCGCGGCGAGGACGGCGUGCUGGGCUGGUCGGAGCGCGACCUCUUCACUACCGUCUGAGUCAUCUCUUCUAGUCUCUCGCACUCUCUCAUUAUCCCCAUCGCGGGCGCGCAGGCUUGCGCGCCGCUGCUCUCUCCCGUCACAUCUGUAGCCUCUACCCUUGCUGUACCUCGGGCCUGCUGCACCUGCCCGCUCUGCGGCGUCUCCUGCCCGGCCUCUUGCGCAACUCCAAUCCGUCACGCUG